AUUUGCAGAGAAAAAAAUGGGUUCAAGAAAUGAAAAGGAAGAGAUGACUAUGGGUUCUUCAUCAUCAUCAUCAUCAUCAUCAUCAUUUGGAGUGAUUUUUAGAUAUGCUGAUUGGGUUGAUCUUUUGCUAAUGCUUUUGGGAACAAUUGGAGCAAUUGGAGAUGGAAUGUCCACAAAUUGUUUACUGGUUUUUGCUAGCAGUCUUAUGAAUAGUUUGGGGAAUGGUCAUAUUCAACAAAAUUUCAUGGAUAAUGUCAACGAGUGCAGCUUAUACUUUGUUUACUUGGGAUUAGUAGUAAUGGUGCUGGCUUUCAUGGAAGGGUACUGUUGGAGUAAAACUAGUGAGAGACAAGUAUUGAAGAUUAGACACAAAUAUUUGGAAGCAGUUUUGAGACAAGAAGUAGGGUUUUUUGAUUCACAAGAAGCAACAACUUCAGAUGUUGUCAAUAGUAUUUCCAAAGACACUUCUCUCUUGCAAGAAGUUCUUAGUGAAAAGGUCCCGUUAUUUAUAAUGAACUCAUCUGUCUUCUUAUCGGGACUUGCAUUUUCGGCAUACUUUUCAUGGAGAUUAGCCCUAGUAGCAUUUCCAACCAUGUUACUACUAGUAAUCCCAGGAGUAACAUAUGGGAAAUACCUAGUCCAUGUAACAAACAAGAGACAUAAAGAGUAUGGGAAAGCAAAUGGCAUAGUAGAACAAGCACUAAGCUCAAUAAAGACAAUAUAUGCUUUCACAGCAGAGAAGAGAGUAAUAGAGAAUUACAAAAGGAUUUUAGAGAGAACAACAAGAGUUGGAAUAAAGCAAGGAAUAGCAAAAGGAUUGGCAGUGGGAAGCUCAGGACUUGCUUUUGCAAUAUGGGGUUUGAUUGCUUGGUAUGGUAGCAGAUUGGUUAUGUAUAAAGGAGAAAGUGGUGGCAGAAUCUAUGCAGCUGGUAUCUCCUUCAUUUUGGCUGGCUUGUCUCUAGGAGUGGCACUUCCAGAUUUGAAGCAUUUAACGGAGGCCAAAAUUGCAGCAUCACGAAUAUUCAAAACCAUCGAUCGAACUCCAUUGAUCGAUGGUGAAGACUCAAAGGGUAUAAUUCUCAACAAUCUCCAACCCCAAAUUGAGUUUGAUCACAUCACAUUUGCAUAUCCAUCGCGCGCUGAUUCAUUCGUCCUCAAGGAUUUCAAUCUCAAACUCGAUCCCGGCAAAACACUAGCUCUCGUCGGGCCUAGCGGCAGCGGCAAGUCCACCGUCAUUUCACUAUUGCAGCGAUUCUACGACCCCAUUGAUGGAGUUUUGAAGAUUGAUGGAGUUGAUAUCAAAGCAUUGCAGCUUAAAUGGAUUAGAUCUAAAAUGGGUCUUGUUAGUCAAGACCAUGCUUUGUUUGGGACUUCCAUUAAGGAGAAUAUUUUGUUUGGGAAGCUUGAUGCUUCUAUGGAGGAGAUUAUGGCUGCUGCUAUGGCUGCUAAUGCUCAUAAUUUCAUUACUCAGCUUCCUGAAGGCUAUGAGACCAAGGUUGGGGAAAGAGGGGCACUUUUAUCUGGAGGGCAAAAGCAGAGGAUCGCCAUAGCUAGGGCAAUUGUUAAGAAUCCUGCAAUUCUACUGCUUGAUGAAGCUACUAGUGCUCUUGACUCUGAAUCAGAAGCACUUGUUCAAAAUGCACUUGAUCAGGCUUCUCUAGGAAGAACCACCUUGGUAGUUGCACAUAAGCUCUCAACAAUAAGAAAUGCAGACGUAAUAGCUGUUGUAAAUGGUGGUUGUAUAGUUGAAAUUGGUUCCCAUAAUGAUCUUAUCAACCGAAAAAAUGGCCACUACGCAAAACUAUCAAAAUUACAACGACUUUCAAGCUAUGAUGACGUUGAACAAAAUAUAGAAACACGUACCUCUUCAGUUGGAAGAAGCAGUGCGAAAUCGAGCCCGGCUUUCUUUGCAAAAUCACCACUGCCUAUGGAUAUCCUCCCUCAGUCAACUUCUCCUCCCAAGCCACCUUCUUUUACUCGUCUUCUAUCUUUGAACUCGCCGGAGUGGAAGCAAGCUCUUAUUGGAAGCUUAUCAGCUAUAGCUUUUGGUGCAGUGCAACCGGUAUAUGCGCUAACUGUUGGAGGUAUGAUAUCAGCCUUCUUUGCUCAAAGCCAUUACGAAAUGCAAGCUCGAAUUAGGACAUAUUCUAUGAUUUUCUGUUCGUUAUCGCUGGUUUCCAUCAUUUUGAACCUCGUUCAACACUACAACUUUGCGUAUAUGGGGGAGCACUUGACGAAAAGAAUUCGCUUGAGGACACUCGAGAAGAUCUUGACAUUUGAAACAGCUUGGUUUGAUGAGGAGCAAAAUUCUAGUGGAGCAUUGUGCUCAAGAUUGAGCAACGAGGCUUCCUUGGUCAAGUCUCUUGUAGCAGACAGAGUUUCUCUAUUAGUCCAAACCACUUCAGGUGUGACCAUAGCAAUGAUCCUUGGUCUAGCAGUGGCUUGGAAGCUUGCCAUCGUUAUGAUCGCAGUCCAACCACUCACAAUUCUUUGCUUCUACACACGAAAAGUCCUCCUCUCGAGCAUUUCCACAAAUUUCACCAAGGCACAGAAUCAAAGCACACAAAUUGCUGUAGAAGCAGUGUAUAACCACAGAAUAGUAACAUCCUUCAGCAGCAUCGGAAAAGUCCUUCAAAUCUUCGACAAAGCGCAAGAGGCACCGAGAAAUGAAGCUAUAAAGAAAUCGUGGUUUGCAGGGAUUGGUAUGGGGUCUGCUCAGUGCCUAACAUUCAUGUCAUGGGCAUUGGAUUUCUGGUUUGGCGGAACACUCGUGCAGAAAGGUGAAAUAUCUGCAGGGGAUGUGUUCAAAACUUUCUUCAUUUUAGUAAGCACUGGCAAAGUAAUUGCUGAGGCUGGUAGCAUGACAACAGAUUUAGCAAAAGGAUCAGCAGCCGUGGCCUCGGUGUUCGAGAUUCUCGACCGAAAAUCACUCAUUUCCGAUCCAUCUAAGGAUGGGAGAGGAAGCAAGAUGGAAAAGAUAACAGGGAACAUAGAGAUGAAGAAAGUGGAUUUUUGGUAUCCAAGUAGGCCAAAUAACAUGGUACUGCGUCAGUUCAGCUUGGAAGUGAAAGCGGGGAGGAGUGUCGGGCUAGUUGGGAAAAGUGGCUGCGGAAAAUCGACUGUGAUCGGACUAAUACUUAGGUUCUAUGAUGUAGUAAAAGGAUCAGUGAAAGUUGAUGGUGUGGAUAUCAGAGAAAUGGAUCUGCAAUGGUACAGGAAGCAUGUGGCCCUUGUUAGCCAAGAUCCCGUGAUCUUUUCGGGCUCCAUACGCGACAACAUUCUCUUUGGGAAGCUCGAUGCUUCUGAGAAUGAGCUUGUCGAUGCAGCCAGAGCUGCCAAUGCCCAUGAAUUUAUCUCGUCUUUGAGAGAUGGGUAUGGCACGGAAUGCGGAGAAAGAGGGGUCCAACUCUCAGGAGGACAGAAACAAAGAAUAGCAAUAGCUCGAGCCAUAAUUCGAAACCCAACAAUUUUGUUGCUGGAUGAGGCAACCAGUGCUCUGGAUGUUCAAUCAGAGCAAGUUGUGCAACAAGCAUUGGAUCGGAUUAUGGUCGGAAGAACGACCUUGGUCGUAGCCCACCGGCUAAACACCAUCAAGAAGCUCGAUUUCAUCGCUUUUGUGGCAGAUGGAAAGGUGGUAGAGCAAGGUUCCUACGCACAACUCAAAAGUCAAAGGGGUGCUUUCUUUAAUCUUGCUAACCUCCAAAUUCAGCCAUAA